UCAUUCUCAUCUCCAUGUUCCCCUGUUUCUCAAGCCCUAAAACAGUUAACUAUGGCGGCAUGUAAGAGGAUACCAAAAACUAUCUUCAGCAACAUUUUCUCACGAUCAAGCACAGGAUAUCAGUCAUCAUCUUCAUUCGGACCUCCAUCUUCUCUCAUUUCACGCAGAGGCAUAGCUUCCAGGCUUUAUGUAGCAGGACUAUCAUUUUAUACCACAGAAAAAGCAUUACUAGACGCAUUUUCUCAAUAUGGCCAAGUUGUUGAAGCCAAUGUUCUGAUGGAUAAAGUUUCAAGCAGAUCAAAAGGCUUCGGGUUUAUUACGUAUGCAUCUGCAGAAGAAGCUGAGAAAGCCAUUUCUGAAAUGGAUGGAAAGACACUACACGGACGUAUAAUAACCGUUGAACUGGCAAAACCACGGACAAAACACACUGGUGGUAUGCCGAUAGCUAGAGGACCCCCUGAACCGCCUACAGAGAAGCAGUAACCACUGGUGCGUUUAAUCAGCAGUUACAAUCAAUAGUACAAGUACUCACAGCAUGGAUUCACAAGUGUUCCUAAGAUUACAGUCCUACCCCUGUUGCUGAGGCGAUCUGAUCUCUUGUUUGUUUGUUGCUCGUUGCAACAAAAGGCGCCGCAAUAUUUGUUUGCAAAUUAUUACUUUUGUUAUUAGGCACGGUAGUAGUAUAUGUUACUCUUUUAUUUUGAUUACUAAACAGUCGUAUUUCAAAUUUCAAAUUUAAACGUUAAUAUAAAGUAGGUUCUUGGCAAAUCUUCAA